AUGUUCACUCCUACUCCUUCUCUGGCACGCGCCCUCCGUCGUCUUGCUCUCACCACCAAGCAAGCGGGCAAGGACUACUACAAGGGUACUGGCUCAGGCUCCAUGGGUCGUCACACCAAGUAUGGUGGCUACCGUAUCGACUGGUCAAAGGUCCGCACCUACGUUGUUCCUGACCUCUCCGACUUUCACUUGAAGCCCUUCGUCGCCGAGAACAUCGACAAGCCCACAAAGACUCACGAAUACGCCGGCUCCGUCAAUGGAAAAAUGUACCUCGAUGCAUGGAAGUACCAGGGCGGCGACAUCUAA